UUUUUUUUUUGAGAAAUGGGUGGGGUUUAUGACUUUGUGGCUGUGGUAAGUAGUGACGACCCACCUUCCUGUACCCGGUUGAGGAAGUGAAUUCGCUGACAGGGCUGGGUUCCGUGAGGGAGGCGAAAAGAAACAUAAUUUACCUGGUGGGGAUAAAAACAACAACAGUAUAGAAGAACAAGUUGUGCAAGCACAAUAAAACGUACGUGCAAAGCAUAUUUCCUCUCCGAGAUCGUCACUGAGCGCCGCAGACAUGAAUGACCAGCAGCUGGACUGUGCUCUGGACCUGAUGAGGCGUCUUCCUCCCCAGCAGAUCGAGAAGAAUCUCAGUGACCUCAUCGACCUGGUGCCCAGUCUGUGUGAGGACCUACUCUCCUCUGUGGACCAGCCUCUGAAGAUCGCCCGGGACAAGGUAGUGGGGAAAGACUACCUGCUCUGUGACUAUAACAGAGACGGUGACUCCUACAGAUCCCCAUGGAGUAAUAAGUAUGAGCCACCCAUCGACGAUGGUGCCAUGCCAUCUGCCCGCCUGCGCAAACUAGAGGUGGAAGCCAACAAUGCCUUUGACCAGUAUAGAGACCUGUACUUUGAGGGUGGCGUAUCGUCUGUGUAUCUGUGGGACUUGGAUCAUGGCUUUGCUGGGGUCAUCCUCAUCAAGAAGGCUGGAGACGGCUCCAAGAAGAUCAAAGGCUGCUGGGACUCCAUCCAUGUGGUGGAGGUGCAGGAGAAGUCCAGCGGACGGACCGCUCACUACAAACUCACCUCCACCGUCAUGCUGUGGCUCCAGACGACCAAGGCCGGGUCUGGAACCAUGAACCUGGGUGGCAGUCUGACAAGACAGAUGGAGAAAGACGAGACAGUUGGAGAGUCUUCCCCACAUAUUGCCAACAUCGGCCGCCUGGUGGAGGAUAUGGAGAAUAAGAUUCGCUCCACUCUCAACGAGAUCUACUUUGGGAAGACCAAGGACAUCGUCAAUGGUUUAAGAUCUAUUGACUCUCUGCCUGAUAACCAAAAGUACCGGCAGCUCCAGAAGGAGCUGUCUCAGGUCCUUACCCAGCGCCAGAUCUUCAUUGACUAAGGCCAGAGGAGUGUUCAGACCCUGGCUGACAAGUCAAAGCAGGAGGCUCUGAAGAACGACCUGAUGGAGGCGCUUAAACGCAAACAGCAAAGCUAGAGAUGCUAUUUUUUCUUUUAUUUUCCUCUCUGUUCCCCUUGCACUUUCUCCACCUUACUCCAACCAUCUUUUUUCUGUUUGUGUGUCUCUCCUUCCAUGCCUAUUUCAGUGCUGCACUCUUGUUCAUUCGUGGAAAAACCAAAAGGAGAAAAUGCUUCGCUUUUUGUGUUUUUGUUUUAUUUCAUGCAUUGUUUCGAGGCAUCUCAUUCGCUAUCAAGCCAUUCACCCACCCUGUCUCUUUCUCUCUCUCUCUCAUGUUAUGAAUAUUAUGAUAGUAUUCUUAAGGUUAAUGAUAAUCUUACAGUUUUACCGCAAUGUUUAUAAUCCCUAUAGCUCUGUCACAGCUGGGUCUGUUUUGAAUGAGUGACAUCAGCUCCUCUCCUAUCCUCUGGUUAGGGGACAGAGCCAGAUGGACUGUACUGUAGCUAGGCUUGGCUGGGCUAACAAAUCGUCAUUCAUUUCCACCAAUGUUUUCUUUCUUGUACCCAUUAUAUCAAAGUGUCUGUGCCAUCACCUUUCUCGAAAUAUAACUGUCAAUAUAACUGUCAUUUUUCUGGGUGAUGUAAUGGCAAACGGAAUGAGAGAGGGUGGCCCUAGAUAUUAUGUAUUGUAAGGAUUGGUCAAUGGUUUGACCUUCGUCCCACUCUUACCCGCAUGCGUUGUGAGUCUGAAAGCAUUGGAUCCCGGGAUGGAGCUGUAGACCUCUAAAACAUGGGGAGGGACUGUUAAAUUCACUGUGUAUACCCAUGUCAUUAAGUCCCCCUCUUACACUGUGUAUAACGUGACGAUUUGCAUACCUCUCUGUCUCUCUCUUUCUCCCUUUCACUUGGUCUAUGUUGGGGGUCACAGUUUUGUCUUUUUGCGUCUUGAAGGAAGCUUUUGACCGUUUCCGUUUUGGAGGGAAUCUUUUUUGUUGUAUUUUGUUUUUAUUUUGUAAAGCUAAUGAUUCAUAUUGUAUUAGAGCCUCCAGCAACAAUAAAAACAGUAAAAAACUA